CAAUUUUGAUAACGACCGACCCCAAGUCCCCAGGCGAGUGAGUGUUAACGAGGCCCGAAGUGGGGGCAGGGAAUCGUAGCCAUAGCAUUGGGAAUUCCAAUUGGGAAAAGGGUCACGUAUCGAGCAUUAAGGUAGAAAUCACAUCGCCGCCGAUCGUAGCAACAUAAUCAAAGCUUUGCCGGGAUCGGGAACCCAGCAGAGAAUUCAGAGGCCUACAAAUCGAAAGUGACGAGCAUAAAUUAUAACAGAACUCUACCAGGUUCCCCGGUCGGGGACUAUAAAUAAGCCAACUCCAUGGUGGAAGUCAGAACACAAGUCAAUCAGCAAUCGAAAUGAUCAAACCCAGCUCUGCCACCGCCUUUAUUCUGCUCUUGAGCCUAAUGGCUUUAAGCACAGCUGAGCCACUGCGUCGGAGAUUCUCCGCUCGACAGGUACAGGCUCAGGCCCCGGCCAGUCCAACUCCUACAGGGUAUCCAGAGGCGGGCGUCACACCCGAGGUUCCGUUCGAUCUCCCCAGCUCUACCGCUAAGCCGGAUGUGACUUAUCUGCCUCCAGAUAAUACCUAUGGACCUCCGGAUAACACAUAUGGCCCUCCGGAUAAUACCUACGGACCACCGGCUACUGUAGAUGUGGAGCCUGAACAGGAGCCGCAGCCCGAAGAUCAGCCAGAGUACCCCAUCGAAACCGAUGACAUUCCUCCUGUCGACGAUGAGGCUUUGGGAGAUGCCAAGCAGCAACCAGCAGAGGAUGAAGAGGAGGAGGUCCUGGUUCAAGUGUCCGAUGAUGGCACUGUCAUUGCUCUCUCCUCGUCUCUCGAUCAGCCACAGUCUGUCCAGUCGGCACGACUCUACCAGCGCUUUCCACAGGGUCGCCGCCGUGAGCAACCUGUUCCCCAACGAUUAAUCCUUCGUCGCAGUUGGUGAAACCUUUCAACAUUUCAGAGUUACAAUACAUAUUAUAAAGAAUAAUGCUUCUUCUGCUACCACUAUGCUACUCACAAAAUUGUUGUAAUAAACAUAUUUUCAUAAUAGUACGUAUCUAUGGGUUACACCUGCUUUAGUCAUCGCCUCUUUGGGCACGUAACAUUU